GAGCAGCAAGUUGCAGAAGCAGUUCUCAGUUUUGGCUUAUAAAUAACAGAGCUCUCAAUCCCAGGGGGACUUACAGCUACAGGGCGGUUUGGGUAGUUGGGUUAGUUGGGCAGCCCAAAUGGCUAUUUCUGCUUCCCAUUCUUCUCCCUCUGGUCUGAUCAUCCUUUGUUUCUUAGUGUCUCUGCUUCUUUCCAAUGCGUUACCAGAAGAAGAAUACUACCUUAAACACCCCCACCACCGGCCCAUUGCCAAACACAACUACAGAGAUGCUCUUUCCAAAUCCAUCCUCUUCUUUGAAGGGCAGAGGUCAGGCAAACUCCCUCCUAACCAGAGGCUAUCAUGGAGAAGAGACUCUGGUCUCUCAGAUGGCUCGGCUAUGCGUGUUGAUUUGGUUGGAGGAUAUUACGACGCAGGGGACAAUGUGAAGUUUGGGUUUCCCAUGGCUUUCACGACAACAAUGCUUUCAUGGAGUGUUAUCGAGUUUGGUGGGUUAAUGAAAGGAGAGUUGCAGAAUGCAAAAGAAGCCAUUCGUUGGGCUACAGAUUACCUUCUCAAAGCCACUGCCCAUCCAGACACUAUCUAUGUUCAGGUUGGUGAUGCUACCAAGGACCAUUCUUGUUGGGAAAGACCUGAAGAUAUGGAUACUCCAAGAACUGUAUUAAAGGUCGACAAAAAAACUCCUGGAACUGAAGUAGCUGCUGAAACAGCGGCCGCUCUUGCUGCUGCAUCUCUGGUUUUCAGAAGAUCUGACCCAUCUUACUCUAGGCUUCUGGUCACAAGAGCCAUCAGGGUGUUUGCGUUCGCUGACAAAUACAGGGGCUCCUACAGCAAUGGAUUGAAAAACUUUGUUUGCCCAUAUUACUGUUCCUUUUCAGGCUAUCAGGAUGAACUGUUGUGGGGAGCUGCGUGGUUACAUAAAGCCACCAGAAACCCAUCUUACUUGAACUACAUUCAAGUCAAUGGGCAGACCUUGGGAGCAGACGAGAGUGACAAUAUAUUUGGGUGGGAUAACAAACAUGUUGGGGCAAGGAUUCUUCUUUCAAAGUCAUUUUUAGUCCAAAAGGUUCAAUCUCUCCGUGAUUACAAAGGACAUGCCGAUAAUUUCAUUUGUUCCCUCAUACCAGGGGCCUCUUUCUCCCAAGCUCAAUACACUCCAGGGGGGCUUCUGUACAAGAUGAGUGACAGCAACAUGCAGUAUGUGACAUCCACCUCUUUCCUGCUGCUAACAUACGCCAAGUACUUAACCUCCGCCCAUAAGUUCGUCAGCUGCGGGGGAAUCAUUAUCACUCCAAGGAAGCUCCGCACCAUUGCUAAGAAACAGGUGGAUUACUUGCUGGGGGAGAACCCAUUGAGGAUGUCAUACAUGGUGGGGUAUAGUGCGAGAUACCCAGAGAGGAUACACCAUCGAGGCUCAUCCCUGCCGUCUAUUGUUGCACAUCCAGCGAAGAUCCAAUGCUCCGCUGGGUUUAGUGUCAUGAACUCUGCAUCACCAAAUCCUAACAUUCUAAUCGGGGCAAUCGUGGGUGGACCCGACCUUCAUGAUAGGUUUCCAGAUCAGAGAUCCGAUUAUGAGCAAUCAGAGCCUGCCACGUACAUCAAUGCACCUCUGGUGGGAGCACUUGCUUAUCUUGCUCACUCAUUCGGACAGCUCUAAAAUAAAAAAUGAAGCCAUGGGGUCUACUUUAUCCAAGUUUACUUUUACUUUUUCUUUUAAUUUUUAUAGUGAUCGGAUUUUGGGCCGAAGGAGACCCAAAUGGUCUCGAGCCCAUCAUCAUCAACUGGGUCUGGUCCAGUCUACACCGGUUCGUUAUCUGUCUUUUCUCAGUCAUAGUUAGUCAAAA